AGUGGGACUAAAGCGAAGUGUCAGUAUUUUUUUUCAAUAGCAUAUUCUUUUGCUGUUAUAAAUUUCUUGGGUGAUAAGGAAUGAAAAACAUAAAAAUUUAAUAAAUCUCAGUGAAUAUAGUAAAUUAAACGAUGUUAAUAUCAAAAGAAUUAUAAUUACUGUGAAUUUGGAACAACAAAAGUAGUUGCAAUAAAAAAUCUUUAGUUAUAUAGUUAGAUAUGCAAGGAAGAGGCGGAGUUGCAGAAAUCCGAAAUUCCGUUCAUUUCUUUAAGCGGAAUUCUGCACAAUCCAAAAGUUCCAACGUCAAGUUACAACCAGAAACCCUUUAUAGUUCAAAAGAAAUACAGCAAUGUGCGUCUUUAUUUCGGGAGAAAAAAUCCCAGGAUAGUAUAAACAUUUGUGUAAUAAGUGGUGAUGGCGACAUAAAUCAUAUUAAAAUAAGUGAUUCAGAGAGUGAAUUUGCUGGAUUUGGAUCCCUAACCAAUUCAAGUGAAAGCAGUUUAGGAAAGCAACGAAAAUUCGAAAAAAGUUUUUCAAAAAUGUCAGUUAAAAAAAGAACAAUGGAGUCAAAGCGUUUGAAUAUGAAGGAAUGCGAUUUUCAGCAAAAAGAACAUUCGUCCCUGAAAUCCAUUUAUGAUAUUGAAUCAAUGGAACUAGAUUUUGAGGGAAAUCCCGUGCCUGAUAAACAUAAAAUAAUAAUGAAUGCGAAAGAAGUGGAUGAUCACGUACAAAACCCUGUGAAUGAAAUUGUUGAAAUUUGCUCAAAGUCGACAACUAGUUCGGAGGCAUAUAAGAGACAGAAAAUUAAUUCCAACCUUCAAUUGCAUUUACGUUUAAAUCAAACAACUGUGAAUAGCAACAGCAACAAAAACAAGUGUUCUACUGAAACCACCAGCGAUUUUCCAGUUAGUUCUCCUUCGAAUCCACGAAAACGGACUGCUCUUCAAAAAAAUACAUUGUCAGGAGACGUUUUUGAGCGUAACCUGGCAUUAUUAACAACGCAAAAACCACAAAUGUCUUUGGAUGAAAAAAUUAACGCUUGGAAAUGUGAUAUUGAUUUCAGUGAAGUCGAAGAUGUGGAUAGUUUUGAUGAUCUUUUCAGAGAACAUGAGGAAUUACAAAAAAGAGUUAUACAAGACAAGAAAAAUAGGAAUAGCGCUUUCAACAGCACACAGUAUGAUUUUAACGUAUUUCGAAAUGAUAUUCUGCCUAGGAUUACAACAACGACUACUUUAAUAGAGAAAGAUGAAAAAACUAAACCUUCUGCUACUGGGACGUUUUCGGCACAACGUCGUAUGCGAGCAGCUCUCGAAUUUGAGUGCAAAAAACGUCAACAACAACAUUUGUUAAGAGGAAGAAAUACUACCCCUACAUUUACAUCCUCUUCUGAAAAUGAUUUACUUUUAUGUCUUACUUCCAAACAAAAAUUCAACAGCAAUCAACAGAAGCUACGCCCUAGAAGUUCGGAGCAAGGUAAUCAAGUUCUGAAUGGAAAGUCUUCGUGUGAUAUUUUAAAAUCAAAAGAGGCCACGUGUCGCCGUUCCCAAAUGGCAAUAGGCGGAUAUCCGUCGCUUGUAUCUCGUCGAUUUCGGCCAUCUGCAGAUGAGGAAUCGGUUUUUAAGUUACGCCGACUGAAUAGGGAAAUUGAUAAAUUCAAUGAAAAGAAUGAGACAAAUUCUCGAGGUCUUAUUCAAAUGCGUUUGGAUUUUGCAAUACAAAAUAAAAGUCAACAACUCUAUGAAAGAAGGAGUCAAUUGUUUAAAACGCCUACAUUGCCACAAAAACACAUGCCGCUACCCGUCCCCACCCAGUUACCGACGCCGAACUCAACUGCCUUAAACGUUUCGAUAUUAAUGUCAAAGAAUACGCAUAGCUUUAAUCCUAAUAUGGAUAAAAACACAGAAUGUCCGCUACACCAAUCAGAAGACAAUGAGUUACAAACAGAAAUAAUAUCUACAUCGCCACAUGAAGCUGCUCAGUCCUAUUCUACACUUUCCCCAGUUUCGAAAAACCUUAUAUCUACCAGUGCAUGUCAUCAACAGCAAGAGUUUUGCAAUUAUUUGGGAUUGACCGGCAUGUCCACUGCCAAUGCAGUAGCAAAUGCAGUAGCGGAAUUGGCCAAGUGUAAUUUAACUAGACGUUCUUUGCGUGUGCGCCGUUUGAAGCAACAAGAGAAAAGUGAAAAUAACCAAAAAAUUACAAAUUCAAAAGACAUUGUAUUAGACGAUAAGUAUGUAGAAACAACAAUGGGCGAAAGGUUCAGUGCAGCCGAAAUUAUUGAAAAGAAGGAAACUACAGAAACGUCAGCAAAUUUACGGAUUAAAGAGCCUCAGCCUCCACCGAAUCUGAAAUGCUCGUGUACCUUAGCAGAAGGGAAUGGAAAAAAUAUCAAGGAACAAGAAGAGAUCAUUUGCAAUGUAUCCUGCAAAACCCCUAAGGAAUGCAUAGAAGAGGAUACUAUGCACAAUACGCUGCUACGCCAUUUGAAAAAUAAUACAACAAAUUCAAAUGGUACUUCAACAUGUCCCCGCUCAUCGGUUAGUGAUAUUAUUUACGACUAUGAGAUUAACAGCAAUCCCACACCAAAUGAUUCACAAAGAAACAAUAAUGUAUUAGACACUGAAUAUAGACCUUCACCAACACAAAACAGUGCGUGCUCAUCAUAUAAAAAUACCUUUACUUCGAAUAGUAUAGAACAUCAGAAUUCUAUUAAACGACAGUUACAUAACAAGUUCAAAAAAUAUUUAGAAGCCUCGCGUAAAAUGAAGCCAAGUAUUUACAUCGUAGACACUUUACAUAAUCCUGACCCGCGGCAAGGUUUCCAACACGAAAAUAAUCGUAUGGUGGACGUAGAAACUUUUUCUGCUGGGGAAAAAAUAGCAAAUAAUGAACUUUCAAAUGAAACAGAUGUUGAAUGCAUUGAAAAAAAUGUUAAAAAUGCUAAAAUUAAUAAUAUCGAAUCAUUGGAUGCACAGAAACAAGAAAUGCCAUUACUCUCAAAGCAAAAGAAAAAGGAUCGCCUUCGAAAAUUAUUGACUGUCGCUACACCUUGGCAUAAGAUAAAAAAUCAUCGCCAACUUCGAAACCGUAAAAUAUUGUUGGUAAAAAGAAUAAAAACAGCACCUAAUAAAAUUCAAAAGAGUGCAAAACCAAGUGCUAGUAUUGUAAAAUCUGAACAUUGCAGUAUAAUUUCAACAUCCAAAAGCAAUCUAUCUAAAACAAAGGGUACCACAUCAGAAAAAGUAAAGAAUCAAGGUUAUAAAAAAAAAUACAAACGUGUUCAUAAAGGUAAGCUAACAAAUAAAAGCACACAAUCUCCACCCGACACGUCUACUGAAAGUCCAGAAUUGUAUUGCAUAUCAUCGCCGAUACAAAAAGUCCAAACUACAUCGACUGGACGACGUCGACUUAGAUCAAAAUCGUUUCCAAUGCUUUCAUCAGUAAAUUUAGCAAACAGCAGGAAAGAUAAUACCAAAAUAAAUCCCCCAGUAUGCAACCUUGAUAAUGACACCGUUGUUGUUUCAUCAACAACCAAUAGUUAUGACGAGGCGACGUUACUGAAAUUAAAUAAAAUUGAUAGUCCUAGUCAAAUAUCACACGAGCUUAAAUCGGAUCAAAAUGAUACGUCUUGUGUUAUUCGAACCAAAGAUAGUAGUACCCAAAGUGUUUUUCCCUUGGGUAUUCAUUUUCUCAGUGCACCCAGUCACCAAUUAAAUAAUCCUGUUAAAACCGUAAAUGGUGCAAUUGAUUAUAUAUAUUAUGAAAUGGAUGUGCUCAUUAUAGUUCAAGAAAGAACCGUUAGCUUUUGGAAGUCUUUUAAACUUAUUAACGUCUUAACCAAAUCACAAAAUUGCGAAAAAUAUUCGCAUCGAAUAAAUAAUGAAGACAUGUAUCGACCACCCUAUUCUUCAGUUAUGGAUGAUACCUCACCUCAAUGGCUGCCUUUAGGAGAGUGUCGACGCCUUUCUGCCGUGAUGUGGAAAGUAACUAUUAGGGUAAAAUGAGGGUAGAGAUCUGAACUGAUUGCAUUAACUUUUGACAUUGCUCAGGUAUAGUCAUGAAUAUAUUUUCAUGUGAUUUUAUAAAUAUUUAUAUCAUAAACCACCAUAUUCCGAUAUACUUAUUGGUUCUUGAUUUGCAUUAAUUUAAAUUUAAAAUUGUGUUAUAUGCGAAGUAAUCGUAGUUGUGGUCCGAUUAUAGUGCUACGUAUUUGGUGAAAUUGGUCUUGUAGAUCCUGAUUUAUGGCUUUUCACCUAAAGGUGUAUGGUGUCACGCGAAUGAAAUCUAUGCUAUUAGGCUGAGUUAUGACAGAAAUUUACAUGGAUGUGCAAUAAGAAUAUUUUUAAUAAUAACUCACUUAAGUGAACCACCGCGGUUGGUCCCGUUAUAUAAGUGGGUUAUGGUGAAGUCCCCUACUACACUCGGGGGAAAAAACCCACACACUCUACAGAGUGCUUUUAUAUAGCGCAAAACUUGGAUUCAUAUUAUUCUAAGCUAAACAUUUUUCUUUGAGAGUCAACCACUUUUAUUUAGUUUAUGUUUUAAGCAUUUUUAUAUAAAAAACUUAUAGUUUAAAACUUAUUUUAGUGAAAAAUUUAAAAAGCACACACAUAACAAACCACAGAAGUAAAUUUUGUUAUGAACAAUAAUGUAAUUUUUAAAAAAGUUAUUUACAUAUGUUAUGUUUUAUAUGAUUUUUAUUUAGCAAUAGAAUACAUAAGGAAUCAAUAUAACAUAUUUUGUAUAAAAAAAUUCUUAGUAUUUUGUAGAACACCCCCUCCUACUAAUAACCUGGGAUAUUUGUUUAGGCAUGGAUUCAAAAAAGCGUUGAAGAUAAUUUUUAUUGAUUUCUUCAUUCCGCACAGCUUCAAUAAUGUUUUCUGUUUCUUUUAAACUUUUUGGACUCUUUUCUCUUAUCAUUUUGCCCAUCAAUUUGCCCAAAUAAUGCCAGCAGUUCUCAAUUGGUUUGAGAUCUGGAUUGUUUCCUGGCCACGUGAGAGACCCUAUUGUAUAAAAAUCUUUUUGUUUUGAAACCUGUAAGUGGUUGUAAUAAAUUAUUGAAAAAUCGAUUUCAAUAUUUGUAUUCUUUGGUUACCGCUUUGGCUCUAUGACAGGGGGUUGAAAAAUCUUGAAUGUUCGAAGUAGAACAUGUCGAUAUAUUAAAUAAAAUAAGAUAAGAAAUAUCAUAUACAUACAUAUUUAUAUACAUACAUAUCCAUAUACAGUCCACUAAUUUCAAAUAUGUAAUCAUUUCUUUCCCUCGGCAAUAUGUUCAAAUAUUACUCAACAUGCUUACUUAUCAGCAAAGCCAAAAUUCUACUAAAUAUAAUCUAUAUUCUAUAUAAAGGGUGAUUUUUUAAGAGCUUGAUAACUUUUUUUAAAAAAAAAACGCAUAAAAUUUGCAAAAUCUCAUCGGUUCUUUAUUUGAAACGUUAGAUUGGUUCAUGACAUUUACUUUUUGAAGAUAAUUUCAUUUAAAUGUUGACCGCGGCUGCGUCUUAGGUGGUCCAUUCGGAAAGUCCAAUUUUGGGCAACUUUUUCGAGCAUUUCGGCCGGAAUAGCCCGAAUUUCUUCGGAAAUGUUGUCUUCCAAAGCUGGAAUAGUUGCUGGCUUAUUUCUGUAGACUUUAGACUUGACGUAGCCCCACAAAAAAUAGUCUAAAGGCGUUAAAUCGCAUGA